AUGGCGGCGGAGGGACCCCUGAAGGAGCUCCGCGAGGAAGCCUCUUGCGCCGUCUGCCUGGACUUCUUCAGGGACCCCGUCAUGAUCCCCGAGUGCGGCCACAGUUUCUGCCGAGGCUGCCUGACCCGCAGCUGGGGGGCGUCGGGGGCGGAGGCUUCCUGCUGCCCCCAGUGCAGAGGGCGAGCGCAGGAGGGGACCCUCCGGCCCAACCUUCAGCUGGGCAACUUUGUCCAAAUAGCCAAGAAACUCAGUCCUUUGGAAGGGAAGGAGGAGAAGCGAAAGGGGCAGAAGCGAAAGGGGCGUCUGCGAGCAGCACCAGGAGCUCCUGAGGUUUUUCUGCAAGGAGGACGAAGCCCCCCUCUGCGGGGUCUGCCGCAGAUCCGAGGAGCACCAAGAUCACCAGGUGAUUCCUCUGGAGGAGCCUGCCGGAGAGAAGAAGAAGCCAUGGCGGCGGAGGGUCCCCUGAAGGAGCUGUGCGAGGAAGCCUCUUGCUCCAUCUGCCUGGACUUCUUCAGGGACCCGGUGACCAUCGCCGAGUGCGGCCACAGUUUCUGCCGAGGCUGCCUGACCCGCAGCUGGGGGGAGUCGGGGGCAGAGGCUUCCUGCUGCCCCCAAUGCAGAGGGAGAGCGCAGGAGGGGACCCUCCGGCCCAACCAGCAGCUGGCCAACUUUGUCCAAAUAGCCAAGAAACUCAGUCCUUUGGAAGGGAAGGAGGAGAAGCGAAGGAGGCAGAAGCCAAGGAGGGGAAUCUGCGAGGAGCACCAGGAGCCCCUGAAGUUUUUCUGCAAGGAGGAGGUAGCCCUCCUCUGCGUGGUCUGCACCUCAUCCGAGGAGCACCAAGAUCACGAGGUGAUCCCUCUGGAGGAGCCUGCCGGAGAGAAGAAGGGGGAAAUAAAACCAACGAGGUUCUUUUGUUUUUGGCAUCAGGCAGUCGUGGCAGCUAGAAAAGAGAGAGUUUGCCAGAAGCACCAGGAGCUGCUGAAUCUCUUCUGCAAGGACGAUGAAGCCCUCAUCUGUGCGGUCUGUGACCAGUCCCAGGAGCACAACGAUCACGAAAUCAUUCCUGUGGAGGAGGCUUCCCAAGAGUACAAGGAUCAGUUCUGCAAUUGUAUGGAUAUUCUGCGGAAGGAGAAGGAAAAAAUUCUGGCAUAUAAAGCCAGUAUAAUGAAGGAAAGCCAAGACCUAAUGAAGCAAACCAAAGGAGAGCGGCAGGAGACAGUGACCAAGUUCAGGCAACUGCAUAAGUUUCUGGAUAAGCAGGAGAAGCUUGUGCUGGCCCAGAUGGAAGAGCUGGAGAAGGAGGUGGCAAGAAACCGGGAUCAGCACCUGGCCAAACUCUCUGAGGAGCUCUCCUCUCUGAACAGCCUCAUCCGGGAGAUGGAGGAGAAGUGUCAGCAGCCGGCCAGUGAACUCCUUCAGGAUGCCAGAAGCACCUUGCAGAGGUAUGAAGAUAAGGAGACAUUUGAGGAUCCAGUGGCUUUUGCACUGAAGUGGCGUGUCUGGGAUGUAAAUCCUCUUUUGGAUGGUAUCAAGAAGCAGUUCAAAGACACUCUGGAUUCUGGACUUCAUGUGCAGAAAGCAAAUGUGACUCUGGAUCCAGACACGGCCUAUCCCCGACUCAUCCUGUCUGAGAAUCGGAAAAGCAUGAGAUGGGGAGAAAAAGCUCAAGCUCUGCCCAGCAAUCCUGAGAGAUUUGAAAACUGUGACAUUGUUCUGGGCCGGGAGGGAUUCACAGCAGGCCGCCAUUUCUGGGAAGUCGUUGUGGGAAGUGAGGAAGGCUGGCGUGUGGGGGUGGCCAGAAAGUCUGUGGAGAGGAAGGGAAGCAUCACCUUUAGUCCUGAGGGAGGGAUCUGGGCUGUGGGGAAGAGGGGGGGACGCUACUGGGCUGCCACAGAAGGCCUUUCCCUGAGUGGGGAGCCGAAGAGGAUCCGCGUCUGCCUGAACUACGCUGGGGGCCGAGUGGCCUUUUUUGACGCUGACCGAGGAUCCCUGAUCUACGAGUUCUCUGGAGCCUCCUUCCGUGGAGAGACCCUCCUGCCCUUCUUUCGGUUGUGGGGAAAAGCCCAACUCAAAAUCUCAGAAGGGGGACGCCCCGUCGUGGCUUUGCAAAGCGGGAAAACCAAACGGACUCUUUUGUUCUCCCUUCCCUUCCUCGAGGCAACCAUGGCCGCCGGGGGUCCCGUCCAGGAGCUGUGCGAGGAAGCCUCUUGCUCCGUCUGCCUGGACUUCUUCAGGGACCCGGUGACCAUCGCCCAGUGCGGCCACAGUUUCUGCCGCGCCUGCCUGACCCGCAGCUGGGGGGCGUCGGCGGCAGAGGCUUCCUGCUGCCCCCAGUGCAGAGGGCGAGCGCAGGAGGGGAGCCUCCGGCCCAACCAGCAGCUGGCCAACUUUGUCCAAAUAGCCAAGAAACUCUUCAAGAGGGAAAGGGGGGCAGAAGGAAAGAGGGGCGUCUGCGAGAAGCACCGGGAGAUCCUGAAAUUUUUUUGCAAGGAAGGCGAAGCCCCCGUCUGCAUUUUCUGGGACGUGUGCGAGGAGCAGAAAGACCACGAGGAAGAGGCUUUCCAAGAAAACAGGGUGAGUAAGAAAGCGGCAAUCGUGGCUGCUAGAAGAGGGAGAGUUUGCCAGAAGCACCAGGAGCCACUGAAGCUCUUCUGCAAGGAUGACGAAGCCCUCAUCUGUGUGGUUUGCGACAGAUCCAAGGAGCACAGAGAUCAUGAAACCCUUCCUCUUGAGGAGGCCUCCCAAGAGUACAAGGAUCGGUUCAGCAACCAUCUGGAGAUGCUGAAGAAGGAGAGGGAAAGAAUUGAGGCGUGUCAAGCAGACAUAUUAAAGGAAAGCCAAGACUUGCUCAAGGAAACCACAGGAGAGAAGCUAGUGACGGUAGCCAAGUUCAGAGAACUACGCUCGUUUCUAGAGGAACAAGAGAAACUGUUGCUGGCUCAGAUGGAAGAGGUGGAGAGGGAGGUGACAAAAACCAGGGACCAGCACUUGGACGAACUGUCAGAAAAACUCUCCUCUCUGGACAGCCUCAUCCGGGAAAUGGAGGAGAAGUGUCAGCAGCCGGCCAGUGAACUCCUGCAGGAUGCCAGAAGCACCUUGCAGAGGUAUGAAGAAAAGGAGGCAUUUGAGAAUCCAGUGGGUUUUUCUCUUUUACGGAAGUGGCACAUGUGGGACUUCUCCGAUCUAAAUCUCCUUUUCAAGGUCAUCAUGAAGCCAUUGAGAGACACUUUGGAUUCUGGAUUUCACCUGCAGAAAGCAAAUGUGACUCUGGAUCCAGACACAGCCCAUCCCCAACUCGUCCUGUCUGAGGAUUGGAAAAGCGUGAGAUGGGGAGAAAAAGUUCAAGCUCUGCCCAGCAAUCCUGAGAGAUUUGAAAGAUAUCCUGCUGUUCUGGGCCGUGAGGGAUUCACAGCAGGCCGCCAUUUCUGGGAAGUCCUUGUGGGAAGUGAGGAAGGAUGGGCUGUGGGGGUGGCCAGAAAGUCCGUGAGGAGGAAGGGAUAUUUCUCUUUUAGUCCUGAGGAAGGGAUCUGGGUUGUGGGGAAGUGGGAGGGACACUACAGGGCUUCCAUAAAAGACCGUGAGCCUCCCCUGUCCAUUAGUGGGGAGCCCAAGAGGAUCCGAGUCUGCCUGAACUACGCUGGGGGCCAAGUGGCCUUUUUCGAUGCUGACCGAGGAUCCCUGAUCUACGAGUUCUCUGGAGCCUCCUUCUCUGGAGAGACCCUCCUGCCCUUCUUUCGGGUGUCUAAAAAAGGCCACCUCAAACUCUCUUAA